CCACGUGGCCUUGGAGGCGGCUCAGGGCGCCCUUGGAAGCUCCCGGAUCUGCGGUCAUGGCUGGUCCAGCGCAGGCCGGUGGGGCCAGGUCCCUAGACCUGCUCCGGGCCCUGCCGCGUGUGAGCCUGGCCAAUUUAAAGCCCAAUCCCGGCUCCAGGAAACCGGCCAGGCGACCAAGAGGUCGGAGAAGAGGUAGAAAAUGUGGGAGAGGCCAUAAAGGAGAAAGGCAGAGAGGAACCCGGCCACGGCUGGGCUUCGAGGGAGGCCAGACUCCAUUUUAUAUCCGAAUCCCAAAAUAUGGAUUUAAUGAAGGACAUAGCUUCAGACGCCAGUAUCAGCCUUUGAGUCUCAAGAGACUGCAGUAUCUUAUUGAUUUGGGUCGAGUUGAUCCUACUCAACCUAUUGACUUAACCCAGCUUGUCAAUGGGAGAGGUGUGACUAUCCAGCCUCUUAAAAGGGACUAUGGUGUCCAGCUUGUUGAGGAGGGUGCUGACACUUUUAAGGCAAAAAUCAAUAUUGAAGUACAGUUGGCUUCAGAACUAGCUAUCGCUGCAAUUGAAAAAAACGGUGGUGUAGUUACUACAGCCUUCUAUGAUCCAAGAAGUCUGGAUAUUCUGUGCAAACCUGUUCCAUUCUUUCUGCGUGGACAACCCAUUCCAAAACGAAUGCUGCCCCCUGAAGCACUGGUGCCAUAUUAUACUGAUGCAAAGAACCGUGGUUACCUGGCGGAUCCUGCCAAAUUUCCUGAAGCAAGACUGGAACUCGCCAAGAAGUAUGGCUAUGUUCUACCAGAUAUCACUAAAGAUGAACUCUUUAAAAUGCUCAGUACUCGAAAGGAUCCAAGGCAGAUCUUCUUUGGUCUUGCUCCAGGAUGGGUGGUGAAUAUGGCAGAUAAGAAAAUUCUAAAACCUACAGAUGAGAAUCUCCUCAAGUAUUAUAGCUCAUGAAUUCCCUUCCAGCAAAGCAGAGUUGUAGCAGAGUACCAGAAAAGGGACUGAAGCAUAUGGAUUUCUCCAGUCAUUGUAUAUAGUCAUUUGCAUUUCAUGAAUGUAUAAUUCCUCAGCUGUUAGUUGUUAGGGUAAUCAUAUCUCUUUUUCAUUUUCAUCUAAAAUUAAAAUAACACUGCAGAAAAUAAGGACUGCA